AUGAAAUACGAUAGGACCAAAGAUCCUCAGGAACACCUAACGGCCUUCGAGGCCAGGAUGAACCUGGAAGGAGCUGCCGAUGCGGUCCAAUGCAGGGCCUUCCCAGUAACCUUAGCCGACCCCACAAUCAAGUGGUUCAACGCCCUCCCGAACGGCUUCAUAGCCAGUUUUCACGAUAUCUCCAGAAAGUUUAUGACUCAAUUCACCACCGGAAUCACCAAAGCCAAGCACCCCAUCAGCUUAUUCGGAAUCACCCAGGGACAAGACGAAUCUACAAUGAAGUAUCUCGAUAUGUUCAACGAUGAGUGCCUCACGAUCGACAAGCUCACAGACUCGGUCGUCAGUCUCUGCUUGACCAAUAGCCUCUUAAACGAAGACAUCCGAAAAUACCUCACUACCAAGACGGUUUGGACUAUGCACGAAAUUCAAAGCAUCGCAAGGGAAUACAUAAACAGUGAAGGUGAGCCAAGUCGUGGCCGUAACAAACGACAGCAUGGCAACACGGCACCUCGCAAUAACUCGCCGCCAAAAGAAACCCAGAAAGAACACUCCAAACCAGCAAACACCAACCAACCAAGCAGGGUGGGAAAUUUUUCAAGCUACACCCCUUGCCCGCUCCCUGAUAAACCCCGUUUUUAG